AAGAAUCAAAGGCAGAGAGAGAGAGAGAAAAGGAGAGAGAGAGAGAGAGAGGAACUUCUGUGUACGAGCUCUAAGCCUCUAAUUCACCUGCUGCAAUUUCCUGGCUGAAGGGAGAUAGAGGCCGACGAGGUGUUCUGCAGAGGCCAAAGGUGAAAGCGACUAGAGAGAGUGGACGAUUGAUUCGUAAAUCAAGAAAAUUUACGGUGAAUUCAGGGAUACACAAUAAAUAUAGUGACUGUAGCAUUUCCUCGGAGCCUGGAAUUUGGGGUUUUCUGAUCUGAUCGAGGGUGUUAAGGGAGGGAAAGUCGAGGAAGAAAAGGUGGUUGCUUGAUUGUUUUUGAAACUGUAGAGAAUUAGGGGGUUUUUCACGGAGGUGAUGGUCGAUUGAGGGAAUUUCGUAGCGAAGUUUGAGACUUUAGUGUUUGUUUGGGUUUUGAGUGAGUUGUUUAGAGUAGCAGAUGAGAGAUCUGAGCUGAGAUUUGCAAACAAAUGACGACUUCCGAUAUUUCUAUUAAAGUAAAUUCCGUCAACGGAAGAGGAGACAGUUUUUCUUCGGGUUACGGCGAGCUCACCAAUGGUAGAACCACCAUGGAUGGUCAGAAUAGUCAUUCCGCUCCUUCCGACACCGUCCUAGACCCUGAAACGGCGCUUUACAGGGAGCUCUGGCAUGCAUGUGCUGGUCCUCUGGUGACCGUUCCUCGGGUAGGAGAGCUUGUGUUUUACUUCCCUCAGGGACACAUAGAGCAGGUUGAGGCGUCCACUAAUCAGGUUGCAGACCAGCAGAUGCCAGUUUAUGAUCUUCCUGCAAAGAUCCUUUGUCGUGUGAUUAAUGUCGCGUUAAAGGCUGAACCGGAUACUGAUGAGGUGUUUGCACAAAUAACUUUGCUUCCUGAGUCUAAUCAAGAUGAAAGCAAGGUGGAGAAGGCGCCUCCCCCACCACCACCCCCUCGGUUCCAAGUACAUUCAUUUUGCAAGACUCUGACUGCCUCUGAUACAAGCACCCAUGGUGGCUUUUCAGUGCUUAGGCGGCAUGCGGAUGAGUGUCUACCACCUUUGGACAUGUCACGUCAGCCUCCAACACAGGAGUUGGUUGCUAAGGAUUUGCAUGCAAAUGAGUGGCGUUUCCGGCAUAUCUUUAGAGGUCAACCGCGUAGGCACCUGCUUCAAAGUGGCUGGAGUGUUUUUGUUAGUUCUAAGAGGCUAGUUGCAGGCGAUGCAUUCAUAUUUCUAAGGGGUGAGAAUGGAGAACUCCGUGUUGGUGUAAGGCGGGCAAUGAGACAGCAGGUCAAUGUUCCUUCAUCAGUGAUAUCAAGUCACAGCAUGCAUCUUGGUGUGCUUGCUACAGCAUGGCAUGCCAUUUCAACAAAUACUAUGUUUACAGUUUAUUACAAGCCCAGGACAAGCCCAGCUGAGUUUAUUGUGCCAUUUGAUCAGUACAUGGAAUCUGUAAAGAUCAAGUACUCAAUUGGAAUGAGGUUCAAAAUGAGAUUUGAAGGAGAGGAAGCCCCAGAGCAGAGGUUUACUGGCACUAUAGUUGGGAAUGAAGAAGGUGAUCCCAGUAGGUGGAAGGAUUCACAAUGGAGAUGCCUUAAGGUGAGAUGGGAUGAGAAUUCAACGAUUCCUCGUCCAGACAGAGUGUCACCUUGGAAAAUAGAACCUGCUGUGGCUCCACCGGCCCUCAGUCCACUUCCAAUGCCCAGGCCAAAAAGGCCCCGAUCAAACAUGGUGCCUUCAUCCCCGGACUCAUCUGUUCUUACUAGGGAAGGUUCGUCAAAAGUAACUGUAGACCCUUCAGCAGCAAGUGGCUUUCCAAGGGUCUUGCAAGGUCAAGAAUUCUCGACCUUGCGAGGCAACUUUGCAGAGAGUAAUGAGUCUGACAGUGCUGAUAAGCCUGUUGCUUGGCCACCUUCGGUAGAGGACGAGAAGAUUGAUGGGGUUUUGCUAUCUAGAAGAUAUGGUUCGGAGAACUGGUUGUCCUCAGGCAGGAAUGAACCAACUUAUACGGAUUUGCUUUCAGGCUUUGGUUCGAAUACUGAUUCAUAUAAUCCAUCUUUUGUUGAUCAAACUGCUGCAGUCACUACUCCAACAAAGAAACAAUUACUGGAUCAAGAGGGGAAGUUUAACUUGCUCUCUGGCCAAUGGUCCCUUGUGCCAUCUGGUCUGUCUCUCAAGUUGCCAGACUGUACUGUGAAGUCUCCCAUGCAGGGUAAUGAUAUUCCUUAUCAAGUACGAGGAAAUGUUAGGUACGGGGGUUUUGGUGACUAUUCCUUGCCUCUUGGUCAAAGGGUUGAGCACUCACAUGGAAAUUGGUUGAUGCCUCCCCCAGCACGAUCUCCUUUUGAGAACCCAGCUCAGUCAAGAGAAUUGAUCUCCAAAACAAUUUUGACACAAGAACGCGAGAGUGGGAAGCCGAAAGAAGGGAACUGCAAACUCUUUGGUAUUCCACUCAUCAGUAAUCGUGUUGAAACAGAGCCUGCUGUCCCCAGUAGAAAUUUGUUGAAUGAGCCUUUGCAUGCUGCAUCACACCAAGUUUGUGCUUUUGAGUCUGAUAAGAAAUCUGAACAGACAAAGGGCUCAAAGUUGCCAGAUGAUCAACCUGCUGUUGUUGAGCAGGAGAAACCAAUUCAGAUGUGCCAGCCCCAUGGCAAAACACAAAGCAAUUCAACACGGAGCUGUACUAAGGUUCACAAGCAGGGGAUUGCCCUCGGUAGGUCUGUGGACCUGACUAAGUUCAACAACUACAUUGAAUUAAUUGCUGAGUUGGAUCAAUUGUUUGAAUUUGGAGGUGAAUUAAUGGCUCCUAAGAAGAAUUGGCUGAUUGUUUAUACUGAUGAUGAGGGUGACAUGAUGCUUGUUGGAGAUGAUCCCUGGCAGGAAUUCUGUGCCAUGGCACGCAAGAUUUGCAUCUAUACAAGAGAGGAGGUACAGAAGAUGAAUCCAGGGACCCUCAGUUCUAGGAGUGAGGAAAAUCCAGCAGGUGUUGAAAGUGGUAAUGCAAAAGAAGUGAAAUGCUCAUCUGCAACUAGUGUAGAAAAUUGUUAAGACUUAUGUAUUAAUGGUUUUAGGUUCUAUGGAUGUGGAAAGUAGCUUGCAGAGCCCUUUGGAUGGUAAAUGAAGCAGUGGCUAAUUGAGAUGGAAUUGAUUUAUGAUUCCACUUCUAUUCAGAUAUAGAUGGGAGAAAUGAUAGUAUAUCCAAUUUUGGACAGUAUGGUGGAGGCAGGGGUAGCGUAUGGUGUCAAGUAAUAUACAUAAAAGUAUGGAUGUAUGCCCAUACUUUUAAGCAUAUGGCUAUGAUAUGCAGCUUUGCUUUGUACAGAGAUGUCCCUCUUUUUUCAACCGCUGAAUGUAAGUAAAAUACAUUAUGAUCUAAUAUCCUUUUUGAGUAAGAAAUGCAGUAUCUGUUGGGUAUUAUUCUAAUGCUAUUUUUAGUCAGCAGACAAUGAAAUAUGAUAUGAUCA